CUCCUCCCACCUGCCCAUAAAAGCCAAGUGCAUGUUACCAGCGGCGGAUCCGAGUCCUCUCCCGGUCCUCUCCUGUGGGAGCCGAGCCUCUCUCCUGGACCUUAACGUGCUCAAGAAGCUGUUGUGGACGCAGAGCAGCGUCUGGUGAAGAGACGGAAAGCAGCGCCGAGGUGCCACAGACAGGCACAAGGACCCCGGUCCUCGAUUCCGCCGGCCGCGCACGUCUCAAUGUGAUGGCUGUGCCACCUGCCCCUCUGCCACUGCUGGGAGUGCUGCUUACCAUCUCCCUGGGCUUCAUCAGGCUCAUUCAGGCUGGUGCCUACUAUGGGAUCAAGCCACUGCCACCUCAAAUUCCUCCUCAGAUCCCACCGCAGAUUCCACAAUACCAGCCCCUAGGCCAGCAAGUACCUCACAUGCCUUUGGGCAAAGACGGCCUUAAUGUGGGCAAAGAGUACCCACAUCUACCCCAAUAUAUGAAGGAAAUUCAGCCGGCGCCCAGAAUGGGCAAGGAUGCAGCAGCCAAGAAGGGCAAAGUAGAAAUCCCAGUAGCCAGUUUACGAGGGGAGCAAGGUCCCCGUGGAGAGCCUGGCCCAAGAGGACCGCCUGGGCCCCCUGGGUUACCAGGUCAUGGGAUACCUGGAAUCAAAGGAAAACCAGGGCCACAGGGAUACCCAGGAGUUGGAAAACCAGGUAUGCCUGGAAUGCCAGGAAAGCCAGGAGCCAUGGGAAUGCCCGGGGCAAAAGGCGAAAUUGGACCCAAAGGAGAGAUCGGGCCUAUGGGGAUCCCAGGACCACAAGGACCUCCAGGGCCUCACGGACUUCCUGGCAUUGGGAAGCCAGGUGGGCCAGGGUUACCAGGGCCACCAGGUGCAAAGGGUGAGCGAGGACCCAAAGGCCCACCAGGACCUCCAGGCCUUCAGGGUCCAAAAGGAGAGAAGGGCUUUGGGAUGCCAGGUUUGCCAGGCCUGAAGGGCCCUCCAGGGAUGCACGGUCCUCCUGGCCCUGUCGGACUUCCAGGAGUGGGCAAACCAGGAGUGACUGGCUUCCCUGGGCCCCAGGGGCCCCUGGGAAAGCCAGGUCCUCCAGGCGAACCUGGGCCACAAGGUCCUAUUGGGGUCCCAGGGAUUCAAGGACCUCCUGGGAUACCUGGAAUUGGAAAACCAGGCCAGGAUGGGAUCCCUGGCCAGCCAGGAUUUCCAGGUGGCAAAGGGGAGCAAGGACUGCCAGGGCUGCCAGGACCCCCAGGCCUUCCAGGGAUUGGGAAACCAGGCUUCCCAGGACCCAAAGGUGACAGGGGUGUAGGUGGUGUUCCUGGGGCUCUGGGCCCAAGAGGGGAGAAAGGACCAGUAGGUGCCCCUGGAGUGGGGGGUCCCCCAGGAGAGCCAGGCCUGCCUGGAAUCCCUGGUCCUAUGGGCCCUCCAGGUGCUAUUGGUUUUCCUGGGCCCAAAGGAGAAGGUGGGGUUGUGGGGCCACAGGGACCACCAGGUCCCAAGGGUGAACCAGGGCUUCAGGGCUUCCCAGGAAAGCCAGGCUUCCUGGGUGAAGUGGGGCCCCCUGGCAUAAGGGGUUUGCCAGGUCCCAUAGGGCCCAAGGGGGAAGCUGGGCACAAAGGUUUGCCAGGGCUCCCUGGUGCUCCAGGGCUGCUUGGACCAAAGGGAGAACCAGGAAUCCCAGGGGAUCAGGGUCUACAGGGGCCCCCGGGCAUCCCAGGGAUUGCAGGCCCUAGUGGCCCCAUUGGACCACCUGGAAUUCCAGGCCCCAAAGGGGAACCAGGCCUCCCAGGGCCCCCUGGGUUCCCUGGAAUAGGGAAGCCGGGGGUCGCAGGACUUCAUGGCCCCCCAGGAAAGCCUGGUGCCCUUGGUCCUCAAGGCCAGCCUGGCCUUCCAGGGCCCCCUGGCCCUCCAGGGCCCCCAGGCGCCCCAGCUGGGAUGCCCCCUACACCACCACCCCAUGGAGAGUAUCUGCCCGACAUGGGGGUGGGGAUUGAUGGCGUGAAGCCCCCCCACGCCUAUGGGGCUAAGAAGGGCAAGAACGGAGGGCCAGCCUACGAGAUGCCCGCGUUUACCGCUGAGCUGACUGCACCUUUCCCCCCCGUGGGGGCCCCAGUGAAGUUUGACAAACUGCUCUAUAACGGCAGACAGAACUACAACCCGCAGACGGGCAUCUUCACCUGUGAGGUCCCUGGCGUCUACUACUUUGCAUACCACGUUCACUGCAAGGGGGGCAACGUGUGGGUUGCCCUGUUCAAGAACAACGAGCCGGUGAUGUACACGUACGAUGAGUACAAAAAGGGCUUUCUGGACCAGGCGUCGGGGAGCGCGGUGCUGCUGCUCAGGCCAGGGGACCGCGUGUUCCUCCAGCUGCCCUCAGAACAGGCUGCAGGGCUGUACGCCGGGCAGUACGUCCACUCCUCCUUUUCAGGAUAUUUAUUGUAUCCCAUGUAAAAAAGAAAAGAAAAAGAGAGAUUUAAUAGAAGAAAAGACAAUGACGCACCAAAAGAUCCAAAUGAAAAACAUAAUUGCUUCAAAACAUUUAUAUAGUUGGAAAGUUAUAUUUAAGUGAAAAUUUGAACCAUCAUGUACAAAUAAAAACUAAGAUGCAUGUUUAAUGCUCCGCACAGCAGCUUGUAAUUGAAAAGGAUGGGAUAGAUUUAUGUAUCAAGUACUGACACCUGUUGUACCCACUGGAAUCAUAUUAGCUGUUGUAUGUUACAUGCUUCCAUGAUAACCUGCUUAUUCAGAUCAGUCAAAAUAUUUCAGUAAGAGAUCAUAGCUAAUGAAAGUCACUCACUCAUAUUGUUUACUUAAAAUAUUUAUAAAUAUGGCUUAAAGAGAUGUCAAUGAUAACAAUUACAUACCGUAUUUACUUGCAUAAUUUCCUCUGUAUUUAUGCAGAUAUUUGUCUUGGAGGGGGGAGGGGAGUUCUCCAGUGUUACUGCCCCAUGGGAGGGGCCGGGGGACCACGGUAGGCCUUCAGUAUCAGAAUGCUUCUCUCACCAGAGGCUGUGUCUUUAGCAACAGGAGUCCUACCAAGAAUCAUGUGUCUCGUGUCUCCAGAAGAACGAGUGAACCAAUCAGCACUGUGCAUUUACCCAGUGCCUUCUCUGUGCGAGCACUGGGUAAGACACUUCUGUGGGGCAUAGAGAGGGAGGGCCUCGCGAGGAGCUCACAAGCCCACUGGGAGACAUGAGCAGUAAUUAACUCAUUUAUUCCUCAAGGGUUCUUUUUGUUUUUUAUUUCUUUGAUUUUUUUUUCUUUCUUCUUCCCUCCAUGUAAUUUCCACUAUGGCCUAACUGAUAUGAACACCUGGAAGUAACAAGAAAAAAAAUAAUCCUCUCGCCCAGUAAUGUUCCAGUUUUGUGGGAUGCUCAUUAUCAACAGCAGUACUGUGUUCACACACAUACAAAAACCCCCUCCUGUGCCGACACACACAAAUGGCUACAAUGAGGUUUUAUCCAUGAAGGGGAUAGCCAUUUUUUUUAGUAGCUGUUGAGUUUCGAGGAAAUUUCCCUGGGUAGUAUAUAUGCAAACUGGUGUGUCGUCUGGGGUUCCAAAGUCAAUUUCCAAAAUCCAAGCCAUCCUUUACUAGCGGGCGGGGCGGGGGGCGGCCAUCAAGGGAUUCAGAAUUACAUAGGAAAAUAAAUUCUUUUGAAAAGAUAAUUUCUGAAGUUAUAAAUUUAAAAAUGGACGUACUACUUCCUGGUGUAGGUACUAAAAUUGUAGGAAAAGGACUGUUUCUUUAGAAGCAAACUGUGGAAGAGCUAUCUGGAAUGUCAAAGGGCAGUGAUAGCCCAUGAUUUUUAUGUCACCACUUACUCAGCACAAGUCAAGAGUCAACGCAAGUUUAAAAGGAAGAAUAAGUAUUUUCCAGGUUUUCAUGUAGGUACCUAUUAACUGCUUUGGGCAUUCAAAUCUGGUCUCAAAACACAGACAAAGCAUUUCAAGUUGGCUGUGAGUCUGCGGCUGACACUAUAUGCCACUGGAGGAAAUAACGUGGGGUUAUGGUGGUGGAACCUUGUAUACUUUCCUCAAAAUUAAGAGUGAGGAAUUGAGGGGAUAGGUACAGAUGGGAAAAUACACAAAUAAAUACGGUAUAAACCUACAUGGAAAUGUGUCUAUGUCAAAUCUGAAUCAUUUUAACCAUCAAGAAAAUUCUCUUCAACCUAAUAUCUGUCUUCUCCCUUAUAUGAUAUAACAGCACCAUUUCUUCUCAAUUUCUUAAAUAGAGAAAUGAGUUCAUUACCACAGGGUUUCUUGCUCACUGGUAAUUAUAUAAUGGACUUUUCCCAUCAAAAAGAUGUCCCAUCCAACUUCACUUCCAAUGCAGGCGACAUUUACGUGGCCAAAUAUCCUUUGGCUUGGUCUUGAGGAUGCUGGUUUUGGGCUGAUGACUAUGGGGGCAACACGGAUCCACUGGACUCCUGCUGCUGGACAGCUGCACGGAACCGGCUUGGAAGCAAGUCGGAUCAGCUGAUUUGUAAAACUGUAUUUAUCUGUACAUGCAUGGGCUUUUUAUUGCCAUCAAGUAAGAGAGAAAGUACCUCUUUAGUUAAAACCAAAUUUCACUUUUCAAAAUACCUUCCAACUUAUUUAUUGGUUUUGCUCAAUUGCCUAAAUCUAUGUGUGUGUGCAUGUGUGCAUGUGUGUAUGUGUGAUCAGGCAUAUGCUUCUAACGUUUAGGUAGGGGAGGAGCAAAAUCUAUGCCAGAUACUGUGUAUUCUACAAUGGUGCUAAUCUCAGAGCUAAAUGAAUUAAUGACUCCAUUUAAUUUAAAGAAGAGUUUAAGCAAUUGUGUCUAUGUCUGUGUCUCCCUUUCGAGGGCUGCACAUCGUGUGAACAGGUCAGGGUAAGAGCAGAUGAAACCGCCACGUCUUCUGAAGUCUAGGGACAGUGCCAUCAUCCCUAUUUAACUCAAAACUAACUAGAACUUUUCCAUGUGAAAUGGACCAAACUGGCAUUAUUGUUAUUUAAAUACAGAGUUUUACUGCAGUAUGACAUCCCACAGGGGAAAAGAAUGUCUGUAGUGGGUGACUGUUCUCAAAUAUUUUACAGACUAUCAUGAACAGUGAACAGACUGGUAACUUUUUUGAGUUUCCAUGAUAGAUUUGAGACUUGUCUAUAGCAAAUCAUUUUUGUAUUUAAAUUUUUGUACUGAUUUGAAAAAAAGUCAUUAAAUAUCUUUAAAAAUGUU